CGAAAGAUGGAACUUUAUUUACAUUUGUUAAAUCGAUGCGUCGGGUGGUCGGUGGUUUGCGUUAUACCAGAGCUGGUUAUACGUAAUAAAGAUACUGGUUGAUUCAAAGCUUUCGCAUGCGCUCGAAUUAAACAGCGAGUUCGAAAGGACGAUAUUUAUUUAAUUCUGAAACGAAGUUAACACAAAUUGCUCAGGUAUGGCAGAAAUUAAACAAGAACAUAAAGUCGAGGAUACGGAUAAUUAUGGAAUGGCUAAUAGUGCGGAACCUAAAAAUAUGCAAGAAUUGACGGAAUACGUCCAAACGCUGUUGCAAAAUAUGCAAGGAAAAUUUCAAACAAUGACAGAUCAAAUUCUUGGAAAAAUAGAUGAAAUGGGAAACAGGAUAGAUGAUUUAGAAAAAAAUAUUACAGAUUUAAUGACACAAGCUGGCGUUGAAGGAGGUGAUAAAUAAUUGUAUUUAUUAUAAGAUUGACAUUAAUGUUUAAACAGAAAUCAUCGUUUUGAUAAAUAUCAUUGAGUAAGAACAA